UUGGUGCACAUCAUCACUAUCAGCAGCAGCAGCACAGCGCGCGCUCCUGUUGGACGCAGACAGACGGAGCGAUAGAGAAGCUGCUGCUCGGUUCAGAAAAUGGCCGACAGAUUUUCUAGGUUCAACGAAGAGCGUGAUUUCCAGGGUGGGAAUCACUUUGACCAUUAUGAAGAAGGCCAUUUGGAGCUGGAGCAGGCGUCCCUGGACAAGCCCAUCGAAUCGGAUAACAUCGGGCACCGGCUGCUUCAGAAACAUGGCUGGAAGUCCGGACAAGGUCUUGGCAAAAGCAUGCAGGGACGCACCGACCCUGUGCCCAUCACCCUCAAAUAUGAUGUCAUGGGGAUGGGACGGAUGGAGAUGGAGCUGGACUAUGCAGAGGACGCCACAGAGAAGAGAAGAGUGCUCGAGGUGGAGAAGGAGGACACAGAAGAACUACGGCAAAAAUACAAGGACCAGGUGGAAAAGGAGAAAGCGAUUGCAAAGGCUUUGGAAGACCUGAGAGCUAAUUUCUACUGUGAGCUAUGUGACAAACAGUACACCAAACACCAGGAGUUUGACAACCACAUUAACUCUUAUGACCACGCUCACAAGCAGAGGCUCAAAGAGUUGAAGCAGAGAGAGUUUGCUCGUAAUGUGUCAUCCCGCUCACGGAAAGGUGGAAAAAAGCAAGAAAAGAUGAUGCGGCGGUUGCACGAGUUGGCUGAGCAGAGGAAACAACAGGACCGCACUCCCGGAAGUGGGCCCAUGUUCAAACCUACCACAGUGGCUGUGGAUGGAGAGAAGUCAGAAGAUGGCGACACGACGCCUGAGAACACUACUUUGACAGACUGUGUCCUGGAAGGAUCACUGGCAGAUACAAGUGAGGAAACCUCCCCGAAGCCAGCUCCAACCAUCAGCUUCUCUCUGGGGAGGAACACCUCCUCUCCGACCCCUAGUGGCGCAUCCAAAGUUAGUGUAUCCUUCUCUUUUGCAAAGAAAGCCCCAGUAAAGCUGGAUACGGUAGCGGCAGUGUUUGCUGAUCAUGGAGAGGAGGCUGUAGAGGAAGAAGAGACCCAGGAGGGAGAAAAGGUUGGAGGGCAAGAGGAGAUAUCUGGCAGCAGCUCAGACAGCCCUAAAGAAGGUGACGGAGAAGGAGAAGGUGAAGGAGAAAACGAAGGAGGAGAAAGCGCUAGUGUGCCUUUAAUGGAAGAGGUGCAGCAGCCUGAUGACGGAGCGUCUCUAGCUUCCACUCUCAACAAACUAAAGAUGAUGAUGAAAAAAGAGGAAGGAUAUGCUGGACAGGAGCCUCAGUACUAUCACUAUAUACCUCCAGCUCACUGCCGGGUAAAGCCUCACUUCCAGUUUUUGCUGUUUAUGAAGGCCACUGAUCAGUGUCCGAUCAAAGAAGAGGAGGACGAGGAAGAGGGGCAGGAGGAGGAGAAGGAGAAGAAGAUUGAAGAGACUUGUGAACUGACAGAUCCUGAUGUUACAGAGGAGUGCAAGCCUGAAAAAGAACAAGAUAAUGUCACUCCAUCCCCUGACCCAGAACCAACUCCUCCAUCGCCUAAAGCGAAGACAGAGGAUGUCGCUUCACUCACAGCAGAUCCAGAUCCAGCCCCAGCCCCCAUACCCACUUCCCCUAUUAAAAAAGUAGAGAGCCCACAGGACACUCGGGAUUCCAACUUGGGUCCUAAAAUCCCCACAGGCCCCUUCUUCCCAGUUCUGAGCAAAGAUGAGAGCACUACCCUGCAGUGGCCCUCUGAGCUCCUCGAAUUUACAAAAUCUCAGCCUUCCCUGUCUUACAGCUGCAAUCCCCUCUACUUUGACUUCAAGCUGUCCCGCAAAAAAGGAAUACGCGGUGGGAAAGCAGCAAAGUCCCUGAAGCCUUGCGAAGUGUCUGUUGACAAGGGGCAAGAGAUGGUGGCUCCAACAGCUGAAGUAGACACAACUACUAAACCUGGGACCAGUACUGACAAAGACAAGGCAACGAAGAAGGCAGAGCCCGACCAACCAGAAGGUGAUGAGCAAAAGCUUGCAACUGGUAGCAGUAGUGCCAAGAAGAAAAAGAAAAAGAAGAAGCACAAGAAGUCUGCAAAGCACUCAAAACGCAAAGAAAAAGACAAGGGAGAAAAAGAAGAUGCGGAGGGCGAGACCGAGGCAACGCAAGAGAAGCCCAAAAAGAAGAAAAAACACAAACGGAAGAAGAACAAAAACAAGGUUCCAGAUCAAGAAGAGGCAGCCGGUGAUGAAAAGGAAAAAGCAAAGCCAAAGUCAGAAGAUAAAGCAGUUGCCUCCUCUGUUCAGUUUACAACUGGAGGGGGAGGGGCUACGGGAAAUACAGGCGUAGAACUGGGCAAGAGGAAACGUGCUUCUAAGGAAGUGUCUUGCAAGUCUGCAGCCGAGGAAGGAGGAGCUGGAAAAGGCACUGACAAGGUCAACACCUCAGAGGAGCACAGUGGCACCAAACGACAAAAAACUGACUCCAGUGCACCUCAAAGUGCCUCCUGCUCCACCUCAGCCCAAAAGAAUUCUGGUCCUGGUCGACCUCCCAGCAGCGAGAGUGAAGAAGAAGGGGGCUCUAAUACUCAGCGCUCACGUCAUCACAGGUCAAGUCCUCGGGAACAACGUCGCCACCAUAGUGCGGAAUCAAGGCGGUCCUUGAGCCGUUCUUCAAGACGGGGGGAAAGACGGGGCAGCAGUCGUCGGCGCCAUCGUGGCCAAACCUCCCGUAGUCACUCGUACUCCAGCAGCUCUGAGCGCUCCUCAGCAGGCACCAGCGCAUAUAGCCGCCGCAGCUACUCGGACAGCUACAGCGACCACAGCAAAGAAAGACGCAGGCGGAGGCACUCCAAGCGAUCGUCAGACUCUGAGUCUGAGCGGAGGGGAAGCCGAGGACGUAGACGUUCCAGGAGACAUCAGUACUCCUCUUCCUCCUCAGAAGAAUCCCGCUCACGUUCACGCAGCCAUAGCCGCAGGAAGAGGCACCGGAGGCACCAUCGGAGCAGCUCAAGAAGCUCUAGUAGCUGGAGCCGCAGCACCAGUCCGAGAUCCUGGAGGCGCAGCUACAGUCGAAGCCACAGCUCUGCCAGCCGCUCCUCCAGCUCCACCAAAACCUCUUCUCGCCGACGAGUCCCCAGGGCUCGAGUGGAAAGUGACGCACAACGCAGAGAUUUCAACCGCUCUUGUAUCUACCGCUCCCAGUCUCCACGUUCAUCUUCAUCACGAGGCCUUAACCGCAACACCCAUUCAUCCAGCUCGCAGUCUGUGAGGACAGGGGUGUCCCGAGAUGCAGGAGAACAGAAAAACUCCCUUACUGCACGCCAGCUGCUGGAGAAGGUUCAGUCUAAAAAAAGCUCUGAUCAUUCUGCCACAGGAACAAAAUCUGCUAAGAUUAAAGACCCACCAACGGGAUACUUUGGUCCCAAACUACCCCCGACCCUGGGAAGCAAAACCAUGCUGCCGCUUUUUGGUAAACUUCAGGCAGGCAAGAAACCACUGUUUCCCCUUACCAGACCUAGUGAGGGUGAGAAAUCAGGAGCAGGAAAGUGCUCUGAGCCAGAGGUUAUCCUGGUAGAGCCUAUACGGGAGUUCCCCCCUCCACCACCGCCACCAGCUCCCCCGGUGCAGAAGGUUGAGGAGGCCCCGCAGAUCACAGUGGUACAAGAGGAGACACUGCUUCCCGCUACAGAAGCCCAGGUGCACGAAGAACCCCUGCCGUUGUUUGAACAGGAGCCUACCAUGACGAUGUCCCUGUACCAAGGAGAAUCUGGACAGGACCCCAUGAUGGAAUCUCUCAUGCCAGAAAUGCAGCAGCAUCAUCCAAUGCAUGCCUACCCUGCUUACCCACCACCCAAUCUGGAGGAGGAUGGCAUGGAGGCAGAGGAGGAUGGACUGGCUCCUUUAGAAAGUCAGCCCAUUACGUUCACACCAGAGGAGAUGGAGAAAUACGGAAAGCUGCAACAGGCUGCACAGCAGCACAUCCAGCAACAGCUCAUGGCCAAGCAGGUCAAGACAUUUCCCUCUGCUGCUGCGGCUGCAGCCGCCGCUGUGGCAGCUGCCAACCUGGCCCAACCUCCCCAUCACCCGACCCUGCAGCAGAUCCACAUCCAGCAGCCCACUUUGUCUAUGGCCUCUGGCACAUCAAUCACCACAGUGCAACACGCCAUCCUGCAGCACCAUGCUGCCGCUGCUGCAGCCAUGGGCAUCCACCCACACCCUGCACAUGCACAUGCACAUGCCCACCACCCACACCAUGCACAUGCCCAGUUGGCCCAGGUACACCACAUUCCCCAGCACCACCUUACCCCCAUCUCCCUGUCUCAUCUGGGCCACUCCCUCAGUCAUCCUCUGGGACACUCACUCGGACACUCACUCGGUCACUCACUCGGACACUCACUCGGUCACUCACUCGGACACACUGGGCUGAUUCCUGCCCACCACACAGCCUUCCUCUCUGGUCAGCCUAUACAUAUUAUCCCAGCUUCUGCACUUCACCACAGCCCCUUAGCUCUCCACCAUAUGCCGCAUGCAGCCCUCUACCCCACACUUUUUACACCCCGCCCCUCACAGGCUGCUGCAGCGGCAGCUCUCCAACUCCACCCGCUGUUACACCCAAUCUUCUCAGGGCAGGACCUCCAGCACCCACCUAACCAUGGCUCUUGAGUAACGAUACAAGUGAAGUAUAGUCCCAGCACCCAACCACUGAAAGAAAGACUUGACCUGAACCGGCUUGCUUCAGGGGUUUAAGAUGAAGUCUUUGAGACAGGAAGCUGUCAAUAAACAACCUUUUACUGGCCGACGCAGGGCAGAAGUUGUAGCCACAAAGUGGUGCUGCCUGUGUUGGGUUCAAAAUUGACAUUUUUCUUCUGGCAUUUUCUUUUCAUAUUUUUCCCAGAAUUUCUAAAACAGAUUUAAAGAGAAUUCCUCAAGACAUUGGUUUAUAUUCCAGUUCGAUGUAUAUUUACAGCACCGAUUUGUUUUUGAAUGAUAAAUCAGAGAAAUCACUGGAGUUUUUCCGUUUUUCCACAUACAAAUAUUAUUCUCAGUUUUUGCUCAUAGUGGCAGCAAAAGAGCGACGUAAUGGCUGAAGCUAUUCGCUGAAUCAUAUUAAAAUGAGAAGUACGUGGUGGGCAAACGGCUUCAGAGACAGACUACUUCAUAUUUACUGAUAUUGUUUAUUUUAUGUUCUCAUAUGACUACUUGAUCUCGAUUGGAUCCUUGGUCUCAAUUAAUUUGUAAAGCAGUAACUUGUACAUAUAUCAGUGUGUAAUGUGAAGAAUCCCACCAAUGAUGACCAUAUGAAAUUACAGCUUUCCAAAUCAGUAUGACAUCACAUAAGAACCUCCUCUGAGCGAGGAGGAAGUGACGUAGGGGUUUGAACAUCUCUAAUGCUCUGAGGCGAAGCUCAUGUUCCCUGUGUGGAGGGUGCACCUGAAUAAAUUGCACUGAAAAUCUGUACAUCGAGAUGGUGCGUUUGCAUCAUGUAACAAUAAGAUUGUAGUAUACUGCAAUAAUUGUAUUUUUCUGUUUUUAAAUUAUUUUCCAAAAUGCUCUUCAGGAGAAGGGCUGUUUUUGCUUUUGUGUAAUUUUGUAAAUAAAGCGGCUGUAGAUUAACCUAUUAACAUUCUAGCGGUUUGGUAAAAGCAGAAGAUGGCCACAUGUUAUGUAUUCUAUCAAGUUUGUUUCUAAAUUAACCCGGUUAACAUGGACUGGGAUGGCAAAGGAUAGUGAUCUGUCGAACAGUAGCAACUCUGUAUUUUUUAAAAACGUACUGUUUCAGCAAAUAAAAAAAAAUCUUGAGUUUA